AUGUUAUCACUACUCAAGAUAAAUGCGUCUCUAACGCAGUACGAUGAGCGUCAAGUUCGUGGCCCCAAGAUAAGCAGAACGAGAGGAGAGCCCAGCACGAGCGAUAACCUGAAGGAAGCUCUCAGCGAGAAGAUUCCUUUGUAUCACGAUCUUCUGAGAAAUUUUCGACGUCACCACGGUCCCAAUAUUAUCAGUCACAUCACGGUCAACGACCUGUAUGGCGGAUUAAACGGCGUUGAAACUAUCGUCAGGGAAACCUCGGAGAUGGACCCCGAGCGCGGUAUCGUAUAUCGUGGUUUGACUAUAUCGGAAGUGAUGACGCUGUUGCCUCGUCGAGGAGGCUCGCCGAGUGCGGAAGCUGUCUUCUGGCUGCUCCUGACCGGUGAUGUUCCGACGCAUCGGCAGACGGCUUCGCUGAUCGCCGAUUGGACGUCGCGACGUGAAAAACAUGCCGAGUGGUGGUCAGGACUACGAGGUGAAACGGUACUUUCCGUAUUGCGUUCUCUGCCCGAGACAAUUACACCCUUAGGCAAGUUGUCGGUCGCACUCACGAUCUUCAACGUCAGCAAAUGUGCGAAGGAGGCCAAGAGACACGGCGUUAUGCCGUACACUUAUUGGGAGUAUACAUAUGAAGACAGUAUGGAGUUCCUAGCGAUGUUACCGGCGAUUAUAGGUCUGAUUGCGAAAGGGCAGGUAUCAACAAACGUAAGCAGCGACAGUGAUUGGAUGCAAUUCCUAUUGGAAUGUUUGUCCAACGUGAUAGAAAACUUGGACAGUCGGAAAUCGUCAGUCGCUGAUUUUCUACGACUGUACGUCACUUUAAACGCCGAUGAUGAUGGCGGAACUCCCGCUGCGCAUAUUACGCACAUUUUGGGAUCAACCGAUCUCAAUAUAAACGAGGUGUUAGCGAGCAGCGCUUUGGCAUACACUGAUGAGCCUGCGACCGGCACGAUGCUACAGUGGGAGGAAUUGCAAACGAAGAUUCGAAGCACUCUCGGCCAAGCGUGGACGGAGCAUUCUUUGAUAGACCGCGUGCUGCAUGUAUAUGACAAGGACAAAUUGAUAGGACACAAAGAAGCGAAACGUUGCGAUCCGCGUUACACGGCUCUGUCAAAUUAUGCCAAGCAAUAUUUGCCGAAUAAUUCCGAGAUAAAGUUUUCGCAGGAUAUCACGCAAAUACUGAGAUCGACGAUGAAAAGAUCAAACGGAAAAGACAUUUGCCCGGAACAAAGUGCCAUAGCCGCGCCUAUUUUCCACUCCUUAGGAUUGAAAGACAUGAGGUUCAAUCAGACGAUACUUUACAUGGCGCGGACUUUGGGAGCAAUUGCCUCGAUCAUCUGGUCAAAAGCUGUAAACACGCCCGUCGAAUAUCCGGUAUCCAAAUGCACUCAUAGCUACAUAGAAAAGAUCCAAGAUGACGGAAAGAGGAAACGUAAAGGCAGAACGCACUCGCGAAAGUAA